CUUUAAACCAAAUCAGGGCGGUCAGUUUGAAACAGUCAAUGAUCCCCGGUUCGAACCGCUUUUUGAGCCCGAGGAAUGACGACGACGAUAAAGAUGUACAGUUUAGUUCACAAGAUAGUUUAAAUGGUCGCAUGCAUUUGUUGGAAAUCAUCCAGUCCCCGCUAAGAUCGGCAGCUUUUGGUUCUAGUUACUACAGUCGACUACCUCUCGCACCACCAUUAGUCGUGCGGCUAUUGGUUAAGAAUACAGAUGGCAAAUACAUUGAUAUUCACGAUGAACUCCCUUUUUACGUUUGUCACGCUUCACUCCUAUCUGAGGAUGGUAGUAAAAAGUUAGAUUUCACACAACUCAACGAUGAACCAGAGAGUGCACCAGUUAGAAUGCUUUAUGGAGGUUUAGUAACAACACCCUAUGUCGUACGAGGGGAAGUAGUUUUUCCAUUCACAGAUCUAGGUGUAAGAUUAACGGGUAUGUAUCGAUUCAAAUUAUCGCUUUUCAGAUUAGCAAGACCAGGUUCAGAUAUCAGCUCAAGCACCGCGUCCGAAACAUUAUCGACUGCGAUAUCGGAUACUUUUGAGAUUGUUGAUCUAGAUGAUUAUGAAGCUCCGGCUAUCACAAAUUUAUCUUACGAGUUGCAUUCAGCUGGCGUGCCCGUACAGAUGCCCAGUCAGCAACACUCUAUUUGAUCGCAGUUUAUUAAACUAAUCAAUUAAUGUCCCAAUCCCAAAUGAAGGGACGUGCGUGGAAGAGUUACGAGACAUAGUACAGACCCGGCCGAAUCUGAACAGGUUAAACAGGUUUAGUUGUCUAGUCAGAUCUAAGCAUUUGCUGCAUAUAUUGUAUAACGUGUAUUAAUAUCCAUUUAGUCAUCUGUUUGACA